AUGGCGGACGACUACCUCCGGCACGGCCCUGAGCCGGCUCGACUUCUGCACCCUCGGCGGAGUGGCGGUGCUCGAGAGGCUUCGCAGCACCGGGACGGUUCCGGUGAUCACAUCCUCCCGGCCCUGCGGCCUUCCUUCUCUGGUGAUAAACACACUUACACUUCUGCAUACUUUAAGAUCAUGGGUCAUCAGGGCGGCUCUUACACCCAUGUCGCUGCUCAGCAUUCUCGCUCCGCCAGCACAGGUGGUAGUCGCCGCCAGGUUGCCUCUGAUGCAGGCCCCAAAACUCGAAUUACCUCAUCAUCGGCUAACUUCCCGACUGUUGGCGCUCCUUCCCAGAGUUCUCAGCUGGAGCUUUCGUCAGAAGUUGAUGGACUGUCUCUAUCUAAGGUGCCGCGCAGCCAGAUGAUACGUGAUACAGCUUCCAGCAGUGCCGUCGCGGGAUCAUCAUCUUCUCAAGAUGUUGACAGACCCUCUCGCCUUUCUAAGGGAAACAAGUCUAGAGUCGAAUUUGGCGAGCAAGGCCUCUUUGUUGAACAACAUGGCUCGCAUCCUCUGGUUAACAACCCGCCCGUUCGUCAUGGACGCUUCCCAGAUUUGUCCCCUUUCAGAAUCCCAUCAUCUCCCUACCGCGAUUCUGACGACAACCAUUCAAUGCGGAGAGGACCCCGGGGCCACCUCGUUGAAGACAGCCUAUUGCCUCAGAAAGAUCUCCGCGAUCUUCUGUUCUCCGACGAUGAAGAUAAUUCCGUCAAGAGAUGCUCGGCGCGAGGAGUAUCGGGCUUUGCUGUUGAAGAUGACGAGUCCGAAGAUGAAGACGAUCGCCAAAGAUCCAACAGCAGCUGGAACAGCGAGCCGCAGCAACCGUCGAACAAAGUCAGUUCCGAAGUCAACUGCCAAGAAGAACAAUACGUUCAGUCUUCGACCUUCGGGAGAUUCAAACGCAUCUACUUCCCCUACCCACAUUCGAACUGGCGGAAACGCGAGAGGCAUCGACCAGGCGAGUCGACCGAGCACGCGUCCCGUUCCGUCCACACACGCUACCAUUCAGACGAGUCAAUCGCGUUCAGGAAACCCUGGAAGCUCAAUGGGACUGAGCGUGACGACAAGAAUGGCUAUAAGAGCAACCAAGCCUCAAAUCCGAGUCGUCACAGUGCAGAGGACCGCUUCGGAACAGAAGGCCCAGGAUGCACGUCAAGACCAACCCACUUCAAACGCCUAGAAUGCUUUGCCCAGGGAAAUCUCAUCGACGAGAGCACAGGCUUCAAAGCCACAGCAAGGGGGCACUUCUCGCAGAGUGGACCUGCGCAGUUCAACAACUUCAAAUGCCGGUCCUGCUACGGAAGCCCCUUUGAGGCGCGAGGCGCAUCGCGCAGCCAGAGAGCCCCCGAGCUCCUCGGCUCCCUCUAG